AUGCUACGACUUCGAGCUCUUAAUGUCUCCAGAUGUGCAGUGAAUCGUGGAAUUCAUUCGAGCAAUGCUUUAUUGGGAGAGAUGAAGCAAAGUUCUAGUGGUAAGAUUGGUAGAGACACAAGUUUGGAUGAGAGCAAGACUUUUAAAAGUGAGGAAGAGCUCUCGAAUAUUCAAGAGCGAACGUUGUUUGAGAAUGUUUUUGAAAGGAUCAUGGAGAAAGAAAGAGAACGUGAAUUAAGCAGGAAAGAUGUUAUGAGUCAAGUGAAUAAACUUUCGAAAGGCCACAGUUCAGAUGAAGAUUAUUCUGAAGGUUUAAAUCCAGGUAGUUCUAAUGAAAAGUUACAGAUUGUCUUUGGUCAAGAUAAGAAACAAUUGAGUGAAAAUGAUAAGAGAAUGUUAGCCUUUUUCAGAAAGUCAUCAGAGGAGCAUAAUAAGAUUCAUGAUUCAUCUCACUACAGUGAUCUUGCUACUUUAACCACAGAUGAUAUCAGAAAAUAUCCUGUUUCGUUAGUAUCCACAAUAUUAGAUAUAGAUGAUAACCAAGCAAAAGAGUUAAAAAUGGACAGAUCGAUCUUGGGAAAAUUUGCAAAGCUAGCCUCUAACAAUGUGAAGAAGAGCUAUUUACCAGAUGCAGAAACAACUGAUGAUGCAUUGAAUAGGAAGGAGGCCAUGUUGGAGUAUCUUAAGAAGAAACAGAUGUUUAAAUCGGACAUGGACAAGGCAAUGAAACCUUAUAUAGACUAUAUCAUCACUCAAGUUAAGACCGAUCACGAGUUGUUAGAAUACUUUAUGGAAUUGAUCCAACAAUACAAAACAAAUGCUGACAAGAUAAUACCGACAAGUACUAGUUUCGAGGAGUUACCUAAUGAAAUCAAGACCCAAUGUGAAGCCCAUCCAACAGUGCUACCUACUCCUCUCGAUAUCACUGUUCCAUACAUUAUCCAAACUUUCUUAAAAGAUGAGAAGAUAUAUUUGCCAUCAGAAAGAAGAUACUCUUUAUCUGCAUUCAUCCAUAAUGAAUGUAAACAAUUGGAUCAACUUUCUUUAUAUUUAAGUGUCUGCAGUAUUGAAUUUUACAACAUUUUAUUACAAUUAACUUGGGAAAAUUUCUCAGAAAUAUACCCAUUACGCCAACUAAUAGGAGAAAUGACCAUAAAUGGUGUCAUGGGAAACUUAGAGACCAUCAACAUUCUAGAAAAGAUAGUAGAAGAUCUUCAAUACCUCAACGAUGAUAUAGCACACGAACAACCUUCCGAUGUUAAUAAUGAAGUAGUUGAAAACAACAGGAAAAUAUUCUCAAACAUUUGGUGUCGUGAUAAUACAAUUGGAUUAGCUAAGAUAGAGAAAUACUUGGCCAAUUUGAAAAGCAGUUUAGCUUGA